AAAUCCCUUUCUCUAAUCUCUGUGUCUAUUGACUCUAUUGUCUUGUUUCUUUCCGGUGACGACGCCAUGAACGCCGCCGUGUUUACUUCUUCUUCAGCUUUAUCUCUACCAAUCUCCUUCUGUAAAACUAGAUCAUCUCAACUCACCAGAAAGAAGGGAGUGAAAGGAGAGUUCAGAGUUUUUGCUGUGUUUGGGGAAGACAGUGGAUUAGUUGAGAAGAAGAGCCAAUGGGGAGAUUUGUUUGAUGUGGAGGAUCCUAGAUCGAAAACUCCUCCUCCUUAUAAAGGAAAGUUGAUGGAUGUAAACCAAGCUCUUGAAGUGGCUAGGUUUGAUAUUCAAUACUUGGAUUGGCGUGCUCGUCAAGAUCUUCUUACCAUCAUGCUCCUUCACGAUAAGGUCGUUGAUGUACUGAAUCCUCUAGCUCGUGAGUACAAGUCUAUUGGUACUGUGAAGAAAGAACUAGCUGGAUUGCAGGAAGAACUAGCCAAAGCACACCAACAGGUUCAUAUAUCAGAAGCAAGGGUUUCAAGUGCUUUAGAAAAGUUAGCUCACAUGGAAGAAUUGGUUAAUGAUAGGUUGUUACCAGUUAGAGUUGCGACAGAAUCAGAAUCAGAUACACCUUCUUCUUCGUAUUCAACCUCUGUCCACGACUUAGACAGAGAAAAGACAAACAUUGGUGGGAAGAGCUUGAAUGUUUCUGGUCCGGUUCAGCCUUACAGUCCACAUUUGAAGAACUUUUGGUAUCCCGUUGCUUUCACUGCACAUCUUAAGCAUGACACCAUGGUUCCAAUUGACUGCUUUGAGCAACCAUGGGUGAUCUUUAGAGGAGAAGAUGGGAAACCAGGGUGUGUACGGAACACAUGUGCACAUAGAGCGUGUCCUCUUGAUCUUGGCUCCGUGAACAAUGGGCGUAUCCAAUGUCCUUACCACGGAUGGGAGUACUCAACUGAUGGAAAGUGUACGAAGAUGCCAUCUACGAAGCUACUGAAUGUGAAGAUAAAAUCGAUACCUUGCCUUGAACAAGACGGUAUGGUCUGGGUUUGGCCCGGUGAUGAGCCACCUUCACCUACACUUCCAUCUUUACAACCUCCAUCAGGGUUUGUAAUUCAUGCAGAGCUUGUAAUGGACCUCCCGGUGGAACACGGAUUGCUACUAGACAAUCUCUUGGAUCUUGCGCAUGCUCCAUUCACUCACACAUCUACUUUUGCAAAAGGCUGGAGUGUCCCAAGCUUGGUAAAGUUCUUAACACCAUCUUCAGGUCUUCAAGGAUACUGGGAUCCGUAUCCAAUCGAUAUGGAAUUUAAACCGCCUUGUGUCGUGUUAUCGACAAUAGGAAUCUCAAAACCAGGGAAGCUAGAAGGAAAGAGCACGGAGCAGUGUGCAACACAUCUUCAUCAACUCCAUGUUUGUUUACCUUCUUCAAGAAACAAGACAAGACUUCUAUACCGAAUGUCACUAGACUUUGCUCCAAUAUUGAAGAAUCUCCCUUUCAUGGAACAUCUCUGGAGACAUUUCGCUGAACAGGUCUUAAAUGAAGAUCUACGGUUGGUUUUGGGACAGCAAGAAAGGAUGUUGAAUGGUGCAAAUAUAUGGAACUUACCUGUUGCUUAUGACAAGCUUGGAGUUCGGUAUAGACUCUGGAGGAACGCUGUAGAUCGUGGUGAUGAUAAGUUACCUUUCUCAGGCUAACUCUUUUGUUGAAGUAAAUCUAAUGAUCGAGUGAGUGACGUGGAAGGAAAAUUUUAGCAGCUGACAUUCAUUCACCAGCGACCUUACAAGAAAGUGUUAGGUUCGUUCUCGCUGCAGAAAAGCUUGGCUGAGUAAAACAAUGAUGGAGUUUGGUGGGUUCAUCUUUGGAGACGAUGAAACAAUAACAAAAUAUCCAUUGUAAAUCAAAAGGGAUAUUAUAUAUUUUUGGAACUUGUUAUUCAUUUUUACCUGUGUACAGUUGAUUCACUUUUGAGUAAUUAAAUCUCAGAAGACAUCAGAACAAGAGGGAAAACUUCAAAAUUAUAUUUUUCACCAAAACCACAAUUUUGUACACACUCGAGGAGGUAGCAUAAACAGCUUGUCGUUUUAAACGGAUAAAAACGUCAACCACUUUUAAUCUGCAUUUCAAGGAAACGAGAUCAAAAGCAGAAAAGGUUUUUAAGGCCGGAGGAGUUGGGGAGUGAUCUGGAUCCGCUGGCGAAGAAGUAACACUGACACAUUAGUCCUCUUUUCUUUUCUUUUCGAGGGAAAGCAAUAAAGACAGGUGAAACAUUCUGUGUGGCAAGAAGGGGAAGAUGGAAGCCAAGUUCUUUCGGUUCUUGAAGAUUGUUGGAGUUGGAUACAAAGCCAGAGCUGAGGAAGCAGGGCGUUUCUUGUACCUCAAGUUAGGUUACAGUCAUGAGGUCGAGCUGGCAGUUCCUCCCGCGGUCAGGGUCUUCUGUUUCAAGAACAAUGUGGUUUGCUGCACCGGGAUCGACAAGGAUAGGGUGCAUCAGUUUGCUGCCACUGUCAGGAGUUGCAAACCUCCUGAGGUUUAUAAGGGCAAAGGUAUAAUGUACAUUGACGAAGUCGUCAAGAAGAAGGUUGGGAAGAAGUCGAAAUGAUCUCUUCUUUUCUUUGUUUACUCUGUGGAGAACCUUUGAUUGUUUGGUGGUAGAUUUGGGAUAUGCUUCUCAAUAAGUUCGACUUGGAUGUAUGAUUACAUCAUUUUGUGGUUUGUGUUAAUUUUCAAUCAAACAAGAGUAGAAGAUUUUGUCUUCAGACAGGGAUAUAAUGUUUGUUGAAUCAUUGUUACAAUAAAAGAAAGGCCAAAGUGCAGAUAUGAAAGUCACUUGAGCCGAA